AUGUCUGGUCAAGGAUCCGAAAGGUCUAGAUCGAUGCACUUUUCGCCGGACACAUGGAUGGGUUCAAGUCAACAGUUUGGUCCAGAGGAAUGGGGUCUGCAAGUUAGAGAUGUACCUGUCGCGACGCCGAGGUACACGCCAUCGAGUUCUACUCGGUACAGUGAGCCUGAGAGUGCAUACAACCCGGCACUAGGAUUUUCACCGAUCAGGCAAUAUGCUACCGAUCCGAACCAAAAGAUGCCAAGAGGAGGCCCAGUCCGUGGAGGAGGCCCGAAUGAGCCGAAUGUACCAGAGACCAAGCAAACGCUUAAAAUGAUUCUAGAUCUUUUAAACCACAUGUUUCAGCAGCAGCAAAACCAAGGAAGUCAACCAGCAGAAACUUCAUCAGACCACUUUCUAAAGAGAGAGUUCGAGCAGAAGUACUUUCCACCAGAAUUGCGUGACCGACUAGAGAAUCAGUUCUUGCGACUGGAACAAGGUGAGAGGAGUGUUCGAGCCUAUGGGAGAGUUUUCACCAGACUUUGGAGAUAUUUGUACCAGGGUAAUGACGAUGAGCUAGCCAUGGCCCGGAGAUUCUUUAACGGACUCAGGCCAGAUAUAAAGGGAAGGUUACACGCUGUGACAUACCGAAGUGUCACAGAAGUGGAGGAGAGAGCGGUGAGUGUUGAGGAGGCCAUCGAGACGGAGAAAGAAAUUAUGGUUCAAGAGAAACAGAAGGAACCAGUGCAGUUGACUAAAGCUGUGAAUUUCCGGAAGGUGAAUCAAGUAGCAGGACGAAAUUGGGGUGCAGGUCAUGGUAAAGUCAAUAUGACUGUUAACCAAGGAGGUCGUGCAGUGAAUAACAUGGAUCCUAGAGGAUGCUAUGUGUGUGGUCAACUUAGGCAUUUUGCUCGAGCUUGUCCAACCAUUGUGGAAACUAAGAAUAGUAGUCUCUCGUCUGUCACAUGUUUCUACUGUGGCGUGAUGGGACACUAUGCGACCUCAUGUCCGUCGAAGCCGUCCAAACUGAACGCCCAAACUGUGAACCGUGCCCAGCCAGUGCAGCAAGUGAAGGAACCCCCAGCAAAGAAGCAAGCAACCCCAGCAAAUGUUUUUGCUUUAAGAGUAGAGCCACCCAAACCUCCAAAGCCCGCGAAAGGCCCUAUAAUAGGUUUGAUUGGUUUUGUGACUCCCGGAGUGGCUGACAAGUUUGGAGACUUGUGUGAGAAGGAAGAAGUGAACAUCAACGUCUACACCGCUGGUAAUCAACCGCCCUUGAAGACGAGAAGAUGGUUCAAGGAAGUGUCGAUAGUCUUGCAGGAUACAAACCUCCUGGUGAAUCCUCUAGUGAUGCCGUUGGAGAGGUUCGAUGCUAUUUUAGGAAUGAUUUGGUUGUCAGAGCACCAAGUCCAUAUAGACUGCAGCAGGAGCAGAGUUAUAUUUGAAAAUGGAGGAGGGACACCUCUAAUUUUCAACGGAAUUAGCCCGAGUAAGACGGCGUACUUCGCAUCAGCAGUAAGGAUUGGAAGAUCGUUUGAUGAAGAAAGUGUGUAUCUGGUCACUCUUACCGCCAUGGGAGGAGAUGACAAGGAAGGCAUGGGAGUUGAGGACAUUGUCAUAGUCAAGAACUAUGAGGACGUAUUCAAGCCGUUAGAAGGAUUGCCUCCACCAAGAAGCCAUCCUUUCACCAUAAAUCUUGAGCCCGGAGCUACCCCAAUUGCCAAGCCACCGUAUCGCAUGACACCAGCCGAGUUGGCUGAACUCAAGACUCAGUUAGAGGAUUUGUUGGAGAAGGGUUUUAUUCGACCGAGUUCAUCGCCAUGGGGAGCGCCAGUGCUAUUUGUCAAGAAGAAGGACGGAAGCAUGCGUUUGUGUAUUGAUUACCGAGGAAUCAAUAACAUAACCAUUAAGGACAAAUAUUCGUUGCCACGGAGUGAUGAACUGUUAGAUCAACUCAAAGGAGCAAGUUGGUUUUCGAAGACUGAUUUAGCCUCCGGCUAUCAUCAAAUCUCAAUUGCGGAACAAGAUGUAAUGAAGACUGCCUUUCAAACAAGAUAUGGCCACCACGAGUUCGUGGUGAUGCCGUUUGGACUUACCAACGCGCCAGCAGAGUUCAUGCGUGCAGAGGAGCACGCGAAGCAUUUGAGGAAAGUGUUGGAGAGACUAAGGGAGAUGAAGCUGUUCGCCAAGUUCAGCAAGUGUAAGUUCUGGCAAAGGGAGAUUGGAUUUUUAGGACACCAAGUUUUGGAACAAGGCGUGUCCGCCGACCCAGAGAAGAUUGCCACAAUUCAGGAAUGGCCGAAACCAACGUCAGUGUCAGAAGUUAGAAGCUUCCUAGGCCUUGCAGGCUAUUACCGGAAGUUUGUGAAGGGAUUUUCAUCCAUUGCAAAACCUUUGACGCGACUCAUUGGUAAAGGGGUACCUUUUAUCUAG